CAACAAAGACUCCUUCCUCCAUCUUCUUCUUCUUCUUCAGCUCAAUUCAAGAACUCUCUCACCGUCCCCCGACCCAAAUCUCACCUUCAAGUUCAAUUCCUAUCUCUCUCUUCUCGAAUUCCUCUUCUCGGGCUCCCUAAACGAACACCCCGCCCCUCCCCCCAGAUUGAAAAUCCUCCUCCGGUCUCCAGUCGAAUCGAAUCGAUAGUCCAAGAAAGCUAGGAGCGACGGCGUCUUCUCGCGGUUCCCCUCCGGUGCGAUGAUCGUCCGGACUUACGGUCGCAGGAACCGCGGCAUUUCUCGGAGCUACUCCGGUUCGAUGGACGACUCGAUCUUGGACCCCUACAGGGACUCCCUCUCCUCGCAGGAGACGGCUCAAGAUUUCUACCCCUUCUCCUCCCAAGAUUCAACCGCCCACAACCUGCCGUACUACGACUCCGACCCCUUCAGUCAACCCCUGGCGGUGGAGGAUGGUCUCCGCGACGGGUACGGAGGCGGCGGAGUGCCCAGGAAGUCCAAGAAGCCGAGGAACGGGGAGAGCAAGAGAGCGAAGGGUUACGUGGAGUACUCGGUGUUGAGGGCAACGUCGACGCUGAUGGAGACGCAGGAGUUCGGGGAGAUGAUGGAGCAUGUGGACGAGGUGAAUUUCGCCCUAGAUGGGCUGAGGAAGGGGCAGCCCCUGAGGAUACGGAGGGCGAGUUUGUUGUCCUUGUUGGGGAUUUGCGGCACUGCCCAGCAGAGGAGGCUCUUGAGGACUCAAGGGAUUGCGAAGACUAUAAUCGAUGCUCUUAUAGGUCUCAAUUUUGAUGACUCACCCAGUAAUCUGGCUGCAGCAACCCUCUUUUAUCUUUUGACUGGUGACGGUCAAGACGAUCAACUUUUGGAAUCACCAAGCUGCAUUAAUUUCCUUGUUAAGAUGUUGAAACCAAUUGUCUCUGCAUCUUCCGAAGACAAGGUCUCCCAAUUUGGUUCUAAGCUUCUAGGAUUACGUAAGGGUCCUGAGAUAUUCAAUGGGGGGAUGAACAAAAAGGAUAGUGGCUCUGCCAAUAUCAUAUCAAGAGUGAAGGAAAUUUUUGUAAGUUGCAAGGAACUGAAGCCAAGCUUUUUGCAUGAUAGUGGAAUUCAGAGGCCUGAGUUAAGCCCCAAGUGGAUAGCUUUGUUGACUAUGGAGAAAGCUAGUCUAUCUACCAUUGCUCUUGAAGAAAGUUCUGGGAUUGUAAGAAAGACAGGAGGCAACUUUAAGGAGAAACUGCGUGAGUUUGGAGGACUUGAUGCUGUCUUUGAGGUCUCCAUGCAUUGCUAUUCGAUAAUGGAGGGUUGGAGAGAGCAAUACCCUUCUUUUUGGGAUGCUAAAAAUGAUGUGUAUCUGAGUAGCCUUGUGCUGCUUUUAAAAUGUUUGAAGAUCAUGGAAAAUGCAACCUUCCUUAGUAACGAUAACCAGACUCAUUUACUUGAAAUGCGAGGGAAGCUGGAUUCUGAAGGUUCCAAUGUAUCUUUCACAAGACUGAUUAUAAAUGUAAUCAAGAUUCUCUCAGGUCUUUAUCUUCUCAAAAGCUCUCCUGCUCCAAAUAGUCAAGAAUCUGAGUUCUCCAAUGGCAUAUAUCGUACUUCUCAAUUGGCUUUGGUGGCAGCUGACAAAGAGGAAAGCAAUGAGAUUUUGUCCGUCAGAUCCUCUAGAGAGUGUUGCAGUGUGGAGGAAACCUCGUCGCAGAAGAUUUCUGGUGCAUUUGUUCCUCCAAGAUAUUCAUCAUCCAGUUCCGAGAUGACAACAUCGUCAAAUGGCAGCUCUUUGUUGAAGAUAAAAUUCAAUUCUUCUGCCUCAAGUUCACGCGGUGGGUUGUUGAAGAGUUCAACCAGUGGGACUAAUUCAACUAGUAAUGGUUUGAAGAGCAACUUCAGCAAUGGCAAGAGAGACAUUGUUACUGAUGAUGCCAUGUUUGAUUCUUUGGAACAUAGCCAGGAUCCUUUCGCAUUUGAUGAAGAUGAGUUUGAGCCCUCUAAGUGGGAAUUACUAUCGGGGAAGAAACAUUCUAGAAGUAAAAACAGUAGAUUACCAAUCAGAGAUGCUGAGGAUGUCUGUCAAAUGCAGCUGAAAAGGCUAGAAGAUUUAGAUAAGGGGGAACGUCCGUAUCAAGAAUCAAGUAGCUGUGAUAUCAAUUGUUCUCAAGAAGCAUCUACUUCAGGAGCCAUUGAUGAAGAAAAUCACAGCUUUCUAACGGACUGCCUUCUUACCGCUGUUAAGGUAUUGAUGAAUUUAACAAAUGAUAAUCCUCUUGGAUGUAAGCAAAUUGCUGCAUGUGGAGGAUUAGAGACAAUGGUGUCAGUAAUUGCUGGCCACUUCCCAAUGUUUAGCUCCUCAUCGUCUUUCUUCAGUGACAGAAAGGAGAAGAAUCGAACUAUUGAUCUUGACCAUGAAAAGGAAAAGCAUCUCACAGACCAAGAAUUGGACUUUCUUGUUGCUAUUUUGGGCUUGCUUGUGAACUUGGUUGAGAAAGAUGGAAGUAACAGAUCCCAGCUUGCAACAACUAGUGUUACUGUUCCCAACUUAGAGGGUCUUGAAAGUGGUAGCAGGAGGGAUGUAAUUCCAUUGCUGUGCUCCAUCUUUUUAGCCAACAGAGGUGGAAGUGAACCAGCUGGUGAAGAACAGGUUAUGGAAUUGGAUGACGAGGCUUUGUUACAAGGAGAGAAAGAAGCUGAGAAGAUGAUUGUCGAAGCUUAUUCUGCCUUGCUUCUGGCAUUCCUCUCCACAGAAAGCAAAAGCAUCCGUGACGAAAUUGCUGCAUGUCUCCCGCAACAUAAUCUGGCGAUUCUGGUCCCUGUGUUGGAGAGAUUUGUGGCAUUUCACUUGACUCUGGAUAUGAUGACGCCGGAGACACAUAAAACCGUAAGCGAAGUGAUCGAGUCGUGUAGAGUUCUUUGAGAACUCAAAUGGUAGAGAUUCAAAUUCCUGUACAGCAUCUUUCUUUCAGGAUAGUUGUUUGAGCAUCGCACGGUCAAGUGUGACAGAUACAACAUUAUAUGGAGUUGACUACAAGCCUCUGUUAAUAGUCUUUUAUAGGCCUUAUUUUUUCUUCCUCUCUUGAUGGUCUCUUCUGAAGCCCUUUUGAUCCUCCUCCUAUUACCCUUUUCCUCUUUGUUAUGUACUUUUGGCUUUCGACAGUGUAUCUUUCUUUUGUUUGUUUUCACCUUCUUGGUGAGCUUAGGAGAAUCUUCAUUUUGUGCAUUGCUGCUGUAAUUUGUAAAUCUCCUAUUCUUUGUUUUAGUUUCCCCCCUUAAAGUA